UUUCAUUCAGUGCCGUGUCUGACCUCUGAAUAAUCACUAUAUACACACACAUGUAUUUAUAUCUACGCAUAUCUGCAUUAUUUUUGAUACGCAAACUAAAUUCGCUGCUGCGUUUGGGCGCCGUCUUUCCGUUUACGAAUUUGGCCAAGUAGCGUUUGAUUUCACGUUUCGUGAUUUUGCAUCUGAGCAAGUUUUUGAGCUCGAUUCGGCUGCGUUAAAAAUGAGAAGAAGCGCGAAUGGACCCGACGCGAUGGAGACGAUUAACGCCGCCGCCUCGGCGAUCGUAUUUGGGGAGGCGCGCGGCCAUCAUACUUCUACUCAGUCCUAGUGGGAAGGGCGAAUUGUGCAGGGGAAUUCCUACUGACGUGGCAGUGAGAUGGGAAGUCCUACUGACGUGGCAGGAGGUAUUUUUGGGAAGUCCUAAUGGAUGUCCGAGUGGGACGGACAACCACUGGAGAUGCUCUUAUUCCUGCUUGCGGCUCCCAGUCCUUCAUUUAGCAUACAUCUCGCUCUAGUGACCUAGUCUUGUACUCUUGUUAAAGGAUUUUCUGAGAGAUAUUUGCAAAAUAAAUUUCAUGUUGCGACUAUUGGUUUGUCAGAUUGUGCUUUAAAUUUGAUGAGUCAUUUUAUCAGCAUUUCAAUCUCUUUGCUAUGUUUGAGGUGUAACAUUCAAUCAGUAUCAUUGAUUAAGAUUCCCCGAUAAAAAAAGAUUGGACAGAUCUUUCGAUAACUUGAUCUUUUUAGCUAGUGACUGAUAUGCGUUGAGCUUCAAAUGCAUUAUAUUUAUUAUGAACUCCAACUUUUUUCUUCCUUUCCAACACUUCUUAGUUGAUGCCAACAAAAGAAGGUGGGGAAGCUUCUGGAGUCUUUACUGGUGUUUUGGGUCGCCCAAGAAUAAGCGAAUCGGGCAUGCCUUUCUUGUUCCUGAAAGUAGUGCCUCAGGGGCUGAUUCCACCAGAGCUGAACAUUCAUCCCAACCGCCUUCUAUAGUAUUUCCUUUUGUCGCGCCUCCUUCGUCUCCUGCAUCUUUCCUUCCUUCAGAAACUCCGUCUUCUACUCAGUCAGCGAGUGGCAUAUUAUCAAUGACAUCUGUAUCAGUAAACAUGUAUUCUCCCGGUCCUGCCUCUAUGUUUGCAAUCGGACCUUAUGCUCACGAGACCCAGUUAGUUUCUCCUCCAGUCUUUUCUACAUUCACCACAGAGCCAUCUACUGCCCCCUACACGCCUCCCCCUGAGUCUGUCCACCUGACCACACCAUCCUCUCCUGAGGUGCCGUUUGCGAGACUUCUUGAACCCAACCUCCAGAAUGGUCAGAGAUACCCUUUUUCGCAGUAUGAAUUUCAGUCUUAUCAGCUUCAACCCGGCAGUCCAGUCAGCCAUCUGAUCUCACCAAGCUCGGGCAUCUCCGGUUCAGGCACAUCGUCACCUUUCCUCGACCGUGAAUUUGCAGCUGGUGGUCAUCCCUUUUUCCUCGAGUUCAAAGCUGGUAACCCUCCUAAGCUUCUGGAACUCGAGAAGAUUGUCCUUCGUGAAUGGGAGUCUCGUCAAGCAUCUGGUGCAGUAACUCCAGAUGCUGUGGGGCCCAUACCACGGGACAACCGCCUACUGAACCGUCAAGAUUCAGAUGUCUCUCCAGUUUCAGAUAGCGGAAAUAGAUUGCCAAACGAGGAGAGUGCAGUGAGUCACAGGGUUUCAUUCGAGAUAACAGAUGAGGAAGUGAUAAGAUGCGUGGAAAAGAAGCCCCAGUCGAAUUCAAGCUCACAACACAUGAGCGGGUGGUUAGAAAAGGCAAACGCAGGAGAAAGCUCGAGAAGGGGAGGGGAGGCAGAGGAGGGGGAGACGGAAGGAGGGCAUCAGAAGAAGCAAACGAUCACUCUAGGAUUGAGCAAGGAGUUCAACUUUGAGAACAUGGAUGAAGCGAGCAUGGGGUCGUCAGAGUGGUUUGUUGGGGAGGAGGGAGGAGGACACAACGAGAAGUGGUCGUUCUUCCCGAUGAUGCAGACGGGGGUGAGCUAGGUAGCAACAUCGACAUUGAAACAAUGGUACGCUAGAACUGACUCAAUUUAUACACAACACUGUUUUUUGACCACCAAGAUAUAGCAAUGGCAGAUAGAGGGGGUUAUUCAUAGAGUCGGGCCAGUGUGUCUCUUGGUCUCGAUACAUUUUCUUGUAUAUGUAAUAUAAAUAAUCAUAAAAAUGAAUAGCUUUGUUUCUUUGCUUUAAAUUAGGAUCGAUAUAUGCCGUUGGUCGGUUUGAAUUUCAAACUGAAAACUAAACUUUGCUACCAAGUAGCUCGGUUUUUUUCGGGCCGAUCUCAUUACUGUCGAUCUCUUUCAUGUUUAUCUCUUA